GAUGGCGCUUCUGUCAAAAUUAAAAUUCUUUCAAAACUCAUUUUUCAGACUGAAUAUACUUUUAUACUCAAUAAAUGGUCUGUAGAUCGGUAUGACAGCCGAGGCCAAUUCGAAUGAGAGUGUGCACCGUUGGCAACAGUUAUUCUUCCAAUGUAAUUCAGAGGAAUGUACUCUCCCUGAGAAGGCAGACGGCUUGAGAAAUCUGCUGUCUGAAGUUCAAUACCAUCGCAACAGUCAGAGCUGUUCCCCUGCCUGUUCUGACGCACUUUUGAACUCUUAUGCCAACAAGUACAUGGCCAUUGUGGACUGCCCUGAUGAAAAAAUUGGACUAAAUAAUUAUGCUGAUGGUGCGCUGAAUUUGGCUAGGAGCAACCGAAACGAAAGUAGCCUCUGGCAAACCUCACUGACUGAGAGCACACUGUCAAGUUUAGAAAGUGUCCAAAAACUCAUUGAAGAAUCUAAGAAUUUCUCUGAAGCCAUUCUCCCAUCCUGCGAUGCAGAUAUCAUCAUCAGCGGAGACAAAGAUGAAACUGCAAAUUUGAAAAAAUCAUUCCAAAGAGACAGUUCAAACAAGUCCAUCCAGAGAAAUGAAAGUCCUUCCUUUGCAAAUCAAGGACCAGAUACCUCACAGAGAAACGUUUUCAAUCCCAGGCAGAAACAGACUGUUCCCUCUGCCUUUGGGGUGCAUAUCGGUCAAUCAUUUGGACAUCAGUCCUCUUCUCCUGAUCAGUCACUCUUCUCUGGAGCAGGGAUUUCAAAUCUAGCAAAGCCUCCACAACGUCGACAGGCAGCUGGACCAAACUUUACCUUUUCAAAAGCUGUGGAGAAUAAGUUACCUUUCCCAGUAGCCCCUUCUGGAAGUAACCAUGGCAGCCGAGGUGACUUGGGACCAGGUGCCCCUGAGGAUGAGGCUGAUGGUCAGGCAUACAAUGCAUUUCGGACAGCUAAAGAACAAUUGGUGAUUGACAAUCAGCGGCGUAAUCGACGAGGUGGUUCCUCGGCAGGGUCGAAGCAUGGUGGUCCGUCUUACGGGACGAGCAAGAAAUCGCUUGGAACGAGACGAGGUCCGGCUGGUAAAUUUGUGCCACCAGUGAUAAACAAAGAAGAUGAAGAUGAUGGUGUGUCAUUGAUGCGUAAAAUAGGUCCAGGGGGCACUGCGAAAGGAUCGUCUGCUGCCAGUGAAGAGCUCGAUGAAAGAUACAAACACUUGGAUCAGAAGAUGGUGGAGCUGAUCAUGAGCGAGAUUAUGGACCACGGACCUGCCCUAACCUGGGAUGAUAUUGCUGGCUUGGAGUUUGCUAAAGCUACAAUCAAAGAAAUUGUUGUUUGGCCAAUGUUACGUCCGGACAUCUUCACUGGACUGAGAGGACCACCAAAAGGUUUGCUUCUGUUUGGGCCACCAGGGACAGGAAAGACUCUCAUCGGAAAAUGCAUUGCCAGUCAGUCCAAGUCGACGUUUUUCAGCAUUAGUGCUUCAUCUUUGACUUCAAAAUGGGUUGGUGAGGGUGAGAAGAUGGUGCGAACCCUGUUUGGUGUGGCGCGUCUCCAUCAACCAGCAGUUAUCUUCAUCGAUGAGAUCGACUCCCUGCUCAGCCAGAGAUCUGACGGAGAACACGAAUCAUCCAGGAGAAUCAAGACAGAAUUCCUUGUUCAGUUGGACGGUGCAACAACUGAAGGUGAUGAACGCCUCCUAGUGGUUGGUGCUACAAACAGACCUCAAGAGAUUGACGAAGCUGCGCGAAGACGUUUUGUGAAGCGCCUAUACAUCCAGUUACCAGAGUUUGCCGCCAGAAGGCAGAUCAUUUACAACUUGUUAUCAAAACAGGCAUACGAGUUGACUGAAGAGGAAGUCAGUCAGAUAUGUACAAAAACAGAAGGUUAUUCAGGAGCUGACAUGGCUAACUUGUGCCGAGAAGCUGCCCUUGGUCCGAUACGCAGUAUUUCAUUUGGGGACAUAGAACAUAUCACGCCAGAUCAGGUUCGACCGAUUGUGAUCAAAGAUCUUGAAGAUGCCUUAGGACAAGUACGUGCUAGUGUCUCUAACAAGGAUUUGGACUUGUAUAUUGAAUGGAACUCUUUGUACGGAAGUGGGAGAAGAUAAUACUGAAAUAUGACAAAGUUACCUAGUGAGAGAAUGACCGCAUGCACCAUAUCAUGGAGAAAUCGAAGCGUGCAAGUGGUCAUGGAGAAAGUGUUGUUUCAUCUUCGAUUAUUCAUGCAUCUGCUAAGUGUAUUGUAACAUGAAUGAUGACAGGUGAACGAAGUAAUUAUGCAGCAACAUUGCUUUAUAUUCAGUUUGAAUAAAAGUGGAAAAAUACAUGUA